ACAGCUGACCGCCAGCUGUUCCUGCCAAAAACGUAAACAAAUCGAGUACAAAGUGAUUAAACGCCUUUUCCGCUCGUCGUGGCUCGUGAAAAUUGCCUGCAUAACUGAUAAAAUUACCUAAGCAAUCAACUCGAGCUGUGAAAAAUUGCAAAAUCUGUGGAAGGUGAAAGUCCAGCCAAUUUAAUAAGGAAACACCCGCGUUGCAUCAGUACGCACUUACAGCGAAUACACUACAGCUGUGUGCGUGUGUCCGUGUGUGUUGUGUAUGCGUCUGGUCCCCAAAAGGUCACCUUGAAACGUCAAAAGCAAAAGCGAAACUUGUGAAUACCGCUCGGGAAUAUAUUGUAGAGUGGCUAGUAACUGAAAAGCCACGGAACAGAGCGGAAAGGAACAAGUAGAGUAUUAAUAGCCAGUUUUGGAUAUUAAUUACAUUUAACCAGUUCCAGUUGCUCGGUUAUUAAAUUAAUAAUAGUUUAAAUUCCGGAAUAAUUUUUUUUUUUGGUUUUUCGUAAUCAAAAAAAAAAAAAACCAAACCAAACCCUUAACUUGAAUUAUCCUCCGAGACCUCCCCCCCGACAGAGUGUGCGCGUGUGUGUGGGUGUGAUUUAUCCAUUACGGUUCGAGAUACAGAUAUAGUUUGAAAAAAAAAAAGAAAAAGAAAAUUAGUCAACAUGAAUUCUGAAAUUAAUCAACGAUUCCUGGCGCGUGGAUCGCAGAAGGACAAAGGAUUGGCGGUCUUCACCAGCGGCGGGGAUUCCCAGGGCAUGAAUGCCGCAGUGAGAGCCUGCGUUCGUAUGGCCAUCUACCUCGGCUGCAAGGCCUACUUCAUUCGCGAGGGCUACCAGGGCAUGGUCGAUGGCGGCGACUGCAUCCAGGAGGCCAACUGGGCCUCGGUGUCCUCCAUUAUUCAUCGUGGUGGCACCAUCAUUGGAUCCGCACGUUGCCAGGACUUCCGUGAGCGUGCCGGGCGUCUAAAGGCCGCCAAUAAUUUGAUUCAGCGCGGUAUUACCAACCUGGUGGUUAUCGGUGGUGAUGGUUCCCUAACCGGAGCCAAUCUGUUCCGUCAGGAGUGGUCUAGCCUUCUGGAGGAGUUGGUCAAGAACGGCACCAUCACCACCGAACAGCAGGAGAAGUUCGGUGUCCUGCACAUUGUGGGAUUGGUGGGCUCAAUCGAUAAUGAUUUCUGCGGCACGGACAUGACCAUUGGAACGGAUACGGCUCUGCACAGGAUUAUUGAGGCUAUCGAUGCCAUUUCCAGCACUGCCUACUCCCAUCAGCGUACAUUCAUCAUGGAGGUUAUGGGUCGUCAUUGUGGUUAUUUAGCCAUAUCGGCUGCCAUAGCCACAGAAGCAGAUUUUAUGUUCAUACCCGAGGAGCCAGUUUCCGUCAACUGGAAGGACGAAAUCUGUUUAAAACUGCAGCAGGAGCGCUCGGCUGGCCAGCGUCUGAACAUUGUCAUUGUGGCUGAGGGUGCCAUGGACCGGGAAGGACAUCCCAUCACCGCCGAGGAUGUCAAGAAGGUGAUCGAUGAACGCCUGAAGCACGAUGCCCGUAUCACUGUCCUGGGUCAUGUGCAGCGCGGUGGUAAUCCCAGUGCUUUCGAUCGUAUUUUGGGCUGCCGCAUGGGCGCCGAGGCUACUUUGGCUCUGAUGGAGGCCACCAAGGAGUCCGUUCCAGUGGUCAUUUCCCUCGAUGGCAACCAGGCCGUGCGUGUCCCUCUGAUGGAGUGUGUCCAGCGCACCCAGGCCGUGGCAUUGGCCAUGAAGGAGAAGCGCUGGGCGGAUGCUGUCAAGCUUCGCGGUCGCUCCUUCGAACGCAACCUGGAAACCUACAAGAUGCUGACCCGUCUGAAGCCGCCCAAGGAGUGCUUCGAUGCCGAGGGCAAGGGCAUUGAGGGUUAUCGCCUAGCCGUGAUGCAUAUUGGUGCCCCGGCCUGUGGCAUGAACGCCGCCGUACGUAGUUUUGUCCGUAAUGCCAUUUAUCGUGGCGAUGUCGUCUAUGGUAUCAACGAUGGUGUGGAAGGUCUCAUUGCCGGAAAUGUUCGCGAGCUGGGCUGGUCGGAUGUCUCUGGAUGGGUCGGCCAAGGUGGCGCCUACUUGGGCACUAAACGCACCCUGCCCGAGGGCAAGUUCAAGGAGAUUGCCGCUCGUCUCAAGGAGUUCAAGAUCCAGGGUCUACUCAUCAUUGGUGGCUUUGAGAGCUAUCAUGCUGCCGGACAGAUUGCCGAUCAGCGGGACAACUAUCCGCAGUUCUGUAUCCCCAUUGUGGUCAUACCCUCGACCAUUUCGAAUAAUGUUCCCGGUACAGAGUUCUCGCUGGGCUGCGAUACCGGUCUGAACGAGAUUACGGAGAUCUGUGACCGCAUUCGGCAAUCCGCUCAAGGUACCAAGCGUCGUGUCUUCGUUAUUGAGACCAUGGGUGGCUAUUGCGGCUACUUGGCCACUCUGGCCGGCUUGGCCGGUGGUGCUGAUGCCGCCUACAUUUACGAGGAGAAGUUCUCCAUCAAGGACCUGCAACAGGAUGUCUAUCACAUGGCUUCUAAGAUGGCCGAGGGUGUGGCACGUGGUCUUAUCCUCCGGAAUGAGAAGGCCAGUGAAAAUUAUACCACGGACUUCAUUUACCGCCUGUAUUCAGAGGAGGGCAAGGGCUUGUUCACCUGCCGCAUGAACAUUCUGGGUCACAUGCAACAGGGUGGUUCCCCCACUCCCUUCGAUCGCAACAUGGGCACCAAAAUGGCAGCCAAGUCCGUGGACUGGUUGGCCACCCAGAUCAAGGCCAACAUCGAUGCCAAUGGUGUCGUUAACUGCAAAUCGCCCGAGACUGCCACACUUCUGGGUAUUGUGUCGCGUCAGUAUCGCUUCUCUCCGUUGGUGGAUCUCAUUGCCGAGACUAACUUUGACCAACGCAUACCCAAGAAGCAGUGGUGGCUUCGUCUGCGUCCCCUGCUGAGGAUCCUGGCCAAGCAUGACUCCGCCUAUGAGGAGGAGGGUAUGUACAUCACCGUCGAGGAGGAGUGCGCCACCGAUGCCGUCGCCUAAGAGUAUCGUCCUGGCGCCUGUCAUCUGUAUCUGUGUAUCACUGUACCUGAGAUAUACAGUCGCAUCAAAACGCUCGCAUCUAUGUUCUCCUUUUCGCACUUCUCGAAUCAAUGUCUCAAUAUUUGCUUCUUGAGUUGUUGUUUUAUUUUUUUAAUUUCCCUUUUGGCUUCCUCACACACCCUGAAUCCGAUCCGUUUAAUGGUUUUUUUGACGUAAGAUCCGCAAGAAGGAGCUCCAUGACAUGAGCAGCAGCAUCCAAACAUCACCAACCUCCCACUCCCACUCCACAUCCUACUUAGAUGCCUACGAAAGUAUAUUUCAUCGUUUAUCAUACGCAUUCACGCACAACAAAAAAAAAUACAUAAAUUAUUUAUAUUUGCCCGCCAGAUGAAUUUUUUCUGUUCGUCAUUUUGUGUUCUCUCUUAAUCUUUCGAUAUUUCGAUCUUUCGACUAUGAAUAUUGAAUAUUUUUGAAUCUCAAGUACCGAAAGACGUUAACUAUUUGAUUCUACAUUAUUGCAGCUGCUACCAAGUGUCUACAAAACUGUUAGUGUGUGGAAUAUAGAAGCAUUAUCUAUCGUAAAUUUGUUGGUUGUUGUUCGCAUCCAAAUUAAAUGUUAAAGUAUUUACACAAAUUACCGCGUCGACGGAACAAUUAUUCAAACUCCCAACUGUUUUUCGAGUAUUGUUAUCGAAAGAAUCAAAUGAUAUAUUUAUACCGACGUGCUAAAUACAUAAUCAAAUGACCUGUAGGCACUUAA